CCGGACCGGGAGGAGUGGGGUCCAGCCAGGAUACGGAAGAAGGAGCCGGGAACAACAGCGAGGACGAGUACGAGAACGCCGCAAGGCUACAGUCUAUGGACCCGGCUACCGUGGAGCAGGAGGACUGGUUUGAGAAAGCUCUGCGGGAGAAGAAGGGCUUUGUCAUCAAGAAGAUGAAGGAGGACGGCGCAUGUCUGUUCAGAGCUGUGGCUGAUCAGGUCUAUGGAGAUCAGGACAUGCAUGAAGUGGUCAGGAAGCACUGUAUGGACUACCUGAUGAAGAACGCUGACUAUUUUUCCAACUACGUGACAGAGGACUUCACUACAUACAUUAACAGGAAGAGGAAAAACAAUUGCCAUGGCAACCACAUCGAGAUGCAGGCCAUGGCUGAGAUGUACAACAGACCGGUGGAGGUGUACCAGUAUGGCACAGAGCCAAUCAAUACAUUCCACGGCAUCCACCAGAACAACGAUGAGCCUAUCAGAGUGAGCUACCAUCGCAACAUCCACUACAACUCUGUGGUGAACCCCAACAAGGCCACGAUCGGCGUGGGACUGGGGCUGCCCGCCUUCAAACCAGGGUAUGCAGACCAGUCUCUGAUGAAGUCAGCCAUCAAGACAUCCGAGGAGUCGUGGAUCGAGCAGCAGAUGUUGGAGGACAAGAAGAGGGCGACGGACUGGGAGGCCACCAACGAGGCCAUCGAGGAGCAAGUGGCCCGGGAGUCUUACCUGCAGUGGCUGCAGGACCAGGAGAAACAGGCCAGACAGCCUCGUAAGGCCAGCGCCACCUGCAGCUCGGCGACUGCGGCAGCUUCCAGCGGACUGGAUGAGUGGAGUGCCCGGUCACCACGACAACGUGACUCCGACCCCUCCCACUCAGAUCUCACGACCGGCCCGUCAACCAUCAACAAGCCACCCUCCCCGACCGGAGCCGCCCUCAUCCUGAGCAAACCCCCCUCGCCCUGCGCACCAGGUCCCAGUAACCAGAGUCGUCACCAUCUGGAGUACAGAGCCAUCAUGCAGGAGAUGUCGCCGACAGCGUUUGGUCUGACGGACUGGGAGGACGACGAGAUCCUGGCGUCGGUGCUGGCCGUCUCUCAACAGGAGUACCUGGACAGCAUCAAACACCAGAGCGCCGCCAUGCAUCGAGAGCCAUCGCCUGACAGCAGCUGAUAACUGGCCUACACACAAACCUACUCAAACACACACCAACACAAUGAUGACCUUUGAACUCCCCUCUCUCCUCUGUCCACCAUCCUGCUCCCCCAACCCUAACCCACAGGAGAUUGACCAGGGAAAAAAUAAAUUAUCAAACAAAGAAAAUAACACUUGUUUUAUUUCAACUCAGCCAUUCUCUGUUAUGUCAUCUCCUCUCCUUCCCUGCUUCCUUUCUUUCCUCUCAUCUCCCCCUCCCCUUUCUCUUCCCUGCCUUCCUUUGAAUCUUCUGAUUGCUGCUCAGAUGGAGCUUCCUCUUAAUGCUGAUUUGGGAUCAGUUGGAUCAUGCUGGGCAGCUGUGAACAGCUAUCAUAGGUGACAGCAGUUGUCACAUUCAGGUUCAUUAUUCUCUUUGUAGGGGGAUAUUAGCUCUGCUGCUCUCAGAGCCAUUGGUUUUAAUAAGAAAUGUUUAUCAAAACAAUAAAAGACAACCACUCUAAAGAUACUGUAUAUCAGCAUUCAGUAGGCUAAGCUAGCAUGUCAUUUAGCAAGCAAGCUAUCACCCUGAAGUCUUAAUGUUUUGAAUCUAGCUCCUGCUAACACCCCUAACAAGCUGCAUUUCAGUUAGCUUUUUCCUGCCCAUUCGUACUCCUCUAGGCGCCACUGGAAGCCAUUUUAUGAGGAAUGCUAAUUAGAACUCAAUGCUCUUUUGGCCUGCAUUAACUUAGAUUCUAGCACCCACAAGAUUAUGUUUUGAUUUUUAGAUACUGAUUGGUGUGUGGAUAUGCAAACUGAGCCUGAUGGGACCUGUGCGUACCCAAAGGUUUGGUCCAGGUUCAGACAGAAAUUUUGAAAGUUGAGGUUCAGGUGCAGGUUGUGUUCGCACACAGGUCAAACCUUAGGCUAGACAACGGCACUCAAACGUCUGCUUGAUAAGGGAGAAACAUUGUACAAACCUAACUGCAUCAUGCUGGGGUUGGGUUUGGACGCCACCUGCUUGGGCACGGGUCAGAUUCAGACAGAAAUAUGCAGCCUGAUACAAGUGCUAAUACUAAUGUCAAAAUCUUUUCCCACUCAUUCUCAAAACGCCCACUGACAGCCCUUUUGCAUGGGAAAUGCUAAUCAGAAUUGAAUAAAACAACCAGCCUAAAUGAGGGCUAUGUUAGCAUGCUUUAAAGUGACCUUCAGCCUCCACAGUUAGGGCUGAGCUUAGCUUCCUAUAGCAAAUUUGUUUCCUACUCGUUUUUACUCCUCUUCCCACAAGCAGCCAUAUAGUUUGAGAAAACCUAAUCAAGAUCAAAAAAGAUGACCAAGCAGUCUGAAUCAGUGUACUUUAGGCUAAGCUACUGUCCUCUUUAGCAAGCAAGCUAUUACCUGAAAUCUUAACUGUUUUAAAGCUAGUUCCUGCUAACAUACCCACUGUAUAGUCUGAUGUUCUUGUUAAAUUCAGAUUAACAUUCCUGACACAAUGGCUGCCAGUGGUAGCUACAAGAGGAGUAAUAAUGAACAGCAAACGGCUAACGGCAUUGCAACUUGUUAGCUCUGUUAGUAUUCUCUAACUUAGUCCACAGCACCCAAAGUGUUACAUUUUAAGCUUAGCUGCUGAUAAAGUGAUAACCAGUCUGUGGCGUAUAGGUUACAUUAGCAUGCUCUUUAAGAAGCAAGCUAUCACCUUAAAGUCUUACUAUAUUUUAAAGCUAGCUCAUGUGGUUUCCAGGUUUUCUAAAACUGCUAACAAGCUAUGUUACAGCUAGCUUAGCCACCAAUAGAAAAAUCAUGUCCCCCACUGUUUCCACAGCUUCCACUGGCAGCCAUUUUGUGUCGACCAACACACAUUUCCUUUCUGUUGUUAUCUGAGCUAUAACACAGCCAACAAUUCCGCCUCCUUUCUCAUUUUUCUUUCUCCUCCUCCUCAUUCUACUCCGCCACCUCCAUCAGCAUCAUUGGACUUAUUUAGCUGCAUGUUUAAUUGACCAUGACCAAUAUCAUCAUAGAGACAAAGUGACAAAUAAGAAGAGAAAAUAGAGAAUUGUCAUACUUAUCCCCUUAAUGAUUGAUUAUUGUUGUUAUUAUUAAUAAUAUGUUUGUUUUGUUUUAUUUUCUUGUUUGGGAUGAAA